CAAAUUUUACUUGUGAAUGGCCGACAUCUAUUGGGAAUUGUAAAGAGCUUUCCUAAAACAUUAGCUAAACGUAAUGAUAAAUUUUCAAAUAACAAAAACCUGGAACGGAGAACCUAUUGAUCAUCCCCCCAUUCAACUAAACUUAAAAUCAAGCGAGAAUGGACUUUGUUUAACCGUUGAAGCACCUUUUUUCGAUGAUCCUCCCCCCGAACAUGAAACGAACGUCUCAGAUGGCGCUUGCGAUCGAUUAUGGGAUUUCGAAGUCGUGGAAGCGUUUUUUUUAAACGAUAAUAACGAUUAUUUGGAGGUGGAAUUGAAUCCAUACGACAAACACUUGGUUUUGAUGUUAAAAGGACAACGAAACUGCAUUAAGGACAAAUUACCAUUAAAUUACAAUGCUAUAAUAUCAGAUGACAAGAAAUACUGGACUGGUGAAGCAUUAAUACCUUGGUCAUAUUUUCCCUAUAAAACUCGAAAGUUUAACGCCUUUGCAAUUCACGGCGUAGGCGAGUGUCGCGUCUACGAGGCACUGUUUCCGGUUCAGAAGAGUUUGUACGAGAAAGUUGAUUUGUGAGUAAGAUAGAUAGAAUUUUUAUUCCGUAUGACGCUUGUAAUAAUUCUGAUUUCCUUUCUUAUUACUUCCCUGACAGCCAUCGUUUAGAGGCAUUCUCGUAUGUUGAUGAGUUUGAGAGUGUUUUUCAUAAUGCCUCUGGUGAACAAUGGCAUAAAAAUAAAUAGGCCUAGCUAAAUCACAGUCGUCUGCCUUUGUAAACUUGGGCUUCUGCAUUUUACUCGGAAACUAGACCGGCUGGCGCCAGUUGGUGAAUCGUUAACAUCGGAAGUAGACGCUGACGCCCAAGCGUCGAAAGCGUCUCUUUGCGCCAAUUUACAACUUUCAUACAUGGCCACGGAAUUACGAGAACGCGAUGACGCUCCACGGCUUGGGGCGGUUGGUGUCAAAAAACCUCUCUUGGCACGAAUCCUCUUUUUUAACCUCCUCUUUACUUUGUCAAUAAUGACACAGGCUAAGAAGCCCACAAGCAUUGCGAAUAAUGUCACUGCAGUUCCGUAACCAAUUUUAGGAUCGUAUUGAGAGACGAAAUUCUUUGGUAAAUAAUGAGAAUGACCCUUUCCGUAUAUUUCAUACCUAACACGAGAUCCAGCUUCCUCGGCACAUAAUAAAUUCUUCCCGUGUAUUUGAUGCAGUCGUUUGCCAAUGUGUUGUUCAGGAGAUCUGCAACUAGGAGAGUUUGCACUUGUCAACACCAUAAGUUGACGCAGUGAGGACAGAGCACAAGUACAAUCCAUAAAAUUACCAGUCAAAUUUAGUCGGCAAAAAUGUAACGCUUCACUCAGAUCAUUAUUGAAAACAGUUAAUUUAUUAUAGGCUAAAUCUAGACGUCGUAUAUCUGUGCGAUAGCCAACCAGGUUUGAAGGUAAAUCUUGUAGACGGUUGAAUGAUAUGUCAACGUAACGUAGAUUGUCUGCUUUAGCAAAUAAUCCUGAUUCUAAGUGCUGUAGCAUGUUAGAUCGAAGGCUGAGGGUUACUAACUUUGGGAGGGAAGAUAACCAUCUUGAUUUAAAAUUGGUUAGAUUAUUGUAGCUGAAAUCUAAUGUCCUUAGAGAGCGUAAACCGUUGAAGACGUUGUCGGGCAACGUUUGAAUAGAAUUCCUUGAUAGUAAUAAAAUAUCCAGUUUCUUCAAUACACUGAAAGCGGAGGCUUCGAUUUCAGAUAAAUUGUUCCUCGAUAGAUCGAGCUCUUUUAAUCUAUCUGCAUUUUUAAAAUUUAUUCGGCCUAUGGUCUCUAUAAGAUUUAAUGACAAAUUCAACACAGUAGUUAUUUUCGAGGAAGUCACGUUGAAAUUAUCGAGCGAUUUUAUUGAUAAAUUCGAGUAGUUCGAAACAACAGCCUCAGUAUAGGUAAAUAAGCAGAAUAUCGGCAAGAGACGGUACAUGAUCCGAAGAGAACGGUGUCGCUCCGUCAAUAGACGUCGCCCUGCGGCAACGUCACGAAUUGUGUGCAAGUGACGCUUUUCCAAGCGAGUAAAAAGUGCACAGCCGAAAUUCCUGAUGAGAUUAGAGCGCCGG